GUUUUCAAAAAAUAAUUGAACAUAGACGCGAAACUUCAUCGCAAAAGUUGAACGUUGACGCGGAACUACAACGCAAGUGGAUGUUUCUGUAAUUGCCAUGCCUAUUGUGGUAGAAGUCGAUGGCUUCAUCUUCUACAGUAACUAGUCCUCCAGUGAAGUAUGAUGUUUUCAUCAGUUUUCGAGGCGAAACCAGGUACGGAUUUACCAGCCAUCUUUAUAGUGCGCUGCUUAGGGCAAAGGUUGAUACUUUCAUGGAUAGAAAUCUUGAGCGAGGAGAUGAAAUUAAAAAAGCACUCCUCCAUACAAUUGAAAAGUCAACGAUUUCGGUUGUCGUCUUCUCCCAAAAUUAUGCAUCUUCCCGAUGGUGUCUUGAUGAACUUGUGAAGAUCAUUGAAUGCAAAAAUAGAGCUAUAAAUGAGCAGAUCGUGUUGCCGAUUUUCUAUCACGUAGAUCCAUCAGAUAUAAGGAAUGGAAGUGGGACUUGUGAGGAGGCAUUUGCAAAGCUUAGGAAAAAAUGUGGAAAAAAUACGGAGAAAAGACAAAUAUGGAAAAAAAAUAGCGAGAAAUGGCGAGCUGCUUUGAGGGAAGCCGGAAAAAUAUCUGGCUACGAUACAAAAAUCACACGGUGUGAAGCUGAUCUUGUGGAUGAAAUAGUCAAGAAUGUUUUGAAGAAAUUGAAAUAUGUACACCCAAGUGAUACUAUGGAUUUGAAAAUUGGACUAGAAUCAAGCAUCACAAAAAUUGGAUCUUUACUUGAGAAUGGAUCAGAAGACCAUCUUCGGAUUUUAGGUAUUUGGGGAAUGAGUGGCAUAGGAAAAACCACUGUUGUUGAGGCUAUAUUUAACAAUAUCAACAAUCAGUUUCAGAAUUCUUUCUUCCUUAAAGAUAUUGGGAAAGAAUCAAGAUUAAAUCCCAAUAAAAAAUUUAUUUUGACAAAUCGAAAGCUAGAUAAAAAAAAAAUACUUAUUGUUUUAGAUGAUGUCACUUCAGUAGACCAAAUAAAUUCUCUAAUUGGUAAUUUUUUGAAUGACUUGGGUUUAGGAAGUCGAAUCAUUAUAACAACAAGGGAUAAACGAGUGCUUCAAAAUUGUGAUGUGCCUACCAAUAAUCUAUACAAGGUCGAGGGAUUAUCAGAUCCUGAAGCUCUUGAACUUUUCAGUUGGCAUGCCUUUAAAAGAAAAGAACCCAUUUCAGAUUAUCAUUUUCUGUCGAAUAAGGUAGUAAAAUAUUCUAAUGGUGUUCCGUUAGCUUUGAUAAUCUGUGGUAAAUAUUUAUCCAAUUGGAAAGGUGACUUUAAAGUUUGGGAAAGUGCAAUAGACAAACUACAAGUAAGUCCCCUUGAAGGAAUCCAAAAAGAGCUACAAGUAAGUUACAAUGAGCUAGAUGGACAUGGUCCUCAGAAGGAUAUAUUUCUGGAUGUUGCUUGUUUCUUCAAAUGGUAUGGUAAAGAUUUUGUAUCGGAUUACUUGGUUGCCACUUAUGAGGACAGGAGCAAGUCAGACUUAGAAUAUCUCAUUGAUAAGUGUCUUAUAAGUACUACAUCUGAUGAAAAGAUAAUAGUGAAUGAUUUGUUCCAAGCAAUGGCUCGAAGUAUUGUUCAUCAAGAGGCUAAAUACGUUGAGGAACGUAGUCGUUUGUGGAAUUAUAAAGAUAUCUCUUCUGUCCUGAGACGCAAUACGGGAACAAAAGCAGUUAAAGGCAUAUGUUUGAACAGGGCUGAACAAGGGGAGAGAACUUUAACAAUUGAAGGCUUUGGAAAGAUGCAUAACUUGAGAUUGUUCAAACUACAUCACCCACACUAUGAAGAGAAUAAUAUGAAUAAGGUGCGUGUUCGCGAAGGCCUUGAGUUUGAUUUGGGUGAAGUAAGGUACCUGUGUUGGCACGGAUGUAACUUGGAUUUAUUGCAAUUGAAAUUAAACACCGAACACCUUGUGGCACUCGACAUGUCUCAUACCCAAGUGGAAACACAGUGGCCUAAUGCUAAGUGUUUUGGUAGCCUAAAAUAUAUUAAUCUCAGUCACUCCAAGCACGUCGACAGCCCAGAUUUCGCUUGCUUCCCUCCCAAUUUGGAGAGAUUGAUUCUAGAAGGAUGCGAGCAUUUGCGUAAGAUUUCCUCAACUAUCGAGCACCUGGAGAAGCUUGUUGUCUUGAAUCUGAGGCACUGCAAAAGCCUUAAGAGUCUCCCGAGAAACAUUCGUAAACUGGGAUAUCUACAAUAUCUUCUUCUUUCAGGCUGCUCCAAACUUGAUGGAUUAUUGUCUGACGACUCAGGAGAGGAGGUUUACAACGAUCCAUUGUGCUUCAAAGACCUAUCUAAGUUAUUGCACGUUGAAUUAGCCAACUGCAACAGCCUUCACUCCUUGCCUGAGCUUCCAACUAGUUUACAAUCUGUAGAUGCUCACAGCUGCGAAUUAAUGGAAGCAACACCAGAUUUGUCAAUUCUAUGCCCAAGCAAGAAAUCCGUGAGAGUCAACUUGAGCAACUGCUUCAAUCUAGAUCAAAAUGCACUUCAAGGCAGCAUUAAACGUGUUUUAGACGAAAUUGAGAAAUCUUGUUGUCUAACACGAUCGAGAGCUUGUAUCUGUUUCCCUGGAACUGAAAUCCCAGAGUGUUUCAAAUUUAGUCAUCAAAAUAAGGGAUCUUCUGUAACUUUCAAGCUCCAACGGAAUUGGAUUUUUCUCAGUUUUGCUGUGAGCGCUCUUGUAGAGUUUCGUGACUAUGAAAAUAAGGGCAAGGGAUUGGAAAUUUUUUAUGAAUGUGGAGAUGGCACAACCAUAUUUCAUAAUGGCAGCCUGAAGAGUUGGGAAAGUGAAGCUGGCCCUCGAAAUGUAAACAAAGAUCAUGUUUUCCUGGGUUAUGAUUUCCUCGAGUAUGAUGCAAGAAGCUCUAACGGUGAUGAGAUGAGCAUCCAGUUUUAUGUUAAGGAUUCAAACGGAAAAUGUAUAGAUAUGGAUGUUUGUAAGGUGAAGGAGUGUAGAUUUCGUUUGUUGCGUCGAGACAUGCACAAUCCUGAGGAAGACCAACCACGACCCAAGAGAUUGAAAAGCCUUCAGAUUAUUUUGAGCACUACCCCAACUGUAGGUAAUUAAAUAGUAACAUCCUUUUCUUGCAUAUCAUCUACCAUUGGUUCAUUAAAUAUUUUCGAAUAACAUGCUUUUCUUUUAUAUAUAUAUAUAUAUAUAAAAUGGUUGUGUUACUGAAAUAUUUGAUGAUUUGAAGGUGUUACACUAUAGUUAGGUUUUGCUUAUUUUGGGGGGUGUAAGUGGGGUAAUUUAAAUAUAUUAGAGUUUUUCUACUUUGUGCA